CAAAAGGUAACUAAAAUAAUUUAUAAAAUUUGGCAAUCUAUCAAAAUCGUUAAAAUAAAGUGUUGUUUAGUAAGCUAACUUUUCCCCAUUUUUUAGUUAUCCCAUUUGGAACUUGAUCCGUUUAUAAAUCAUAGACCAUAGUAGGUUUCUAAUUAUCUGUCAUUGUUAUUUCUCGUAUAUAGCACUCAUUAUGUUAGAUUAUCGAACAAAAAUUAAUCAAAAUCGUUUUUAACCAUCGAACAAAAACCCACACAGUGUAAAUUUGAGAACAGCUAAAAUUCCCAUUCGACCAAAAAGAUCGUCUUCAAAAUUUUCAGCGUAAGUGCAAUGGCAAUGUCAACAUUUUUGGGCGGCACACGUCGCAAUCCGCCGGAUCGAUCGAAGAUGAUCAAGGCCAAAAAGCCGGAGGGGAAGCGAGUCAUCGGAUCAUCGGGCGGUGAAGGAUCAGGAGGAUCGGGUGGUGGUACUGAUGGACCACCAUCCGCAGCCAGGCGCAAUUGCGUCCCAUUGAGUGGAGCAAGAGCACCCAAGCGGACUACGACAAUAGCAACCGAAUUAAGCGGAGUCCUGUCCAAAAGAGCAACUGGCGGUGUUGGUGGUCUGACUAGAACACUCCAAACAACGGCCACAUCCACGAUGCGUCGAAGACAAGCACCUCUGGCUCCGGUUCCGGUAAGGAUUCCCGCUCCCCGCCAAAUAAACGAGGUGAAGUGGAUCAUGAUGCCGUCGCCGAGAUUCGUCCCGUGCAGCGAGACCUCCUCCUCCGAGGACAACAGCCUGGAGCAGGCCAAGAGCAAUGAACAGGAUGUGGAUUUGGAUUUGGAUUUGGAUCUGGCGAGGAGCAGCAGCAGUGGGCGGUUGGAGAAGGUGCACCAGCUCGAGGAUCUGUGCCAGGUGAGUCCGGCCAAGACCAAGGUGCGAUCUUCGCGCAUAUUCUGUGUACCCAGCCAGCGAAUCAUGCACGAGGAGGAGCUGCUGCAGGCCCAGCUGCGCCAGAUGCAUCCGCGGCGGACGAGGACUUCCAACUGGCCGUCCAGUAGAUUGCCCUCUCAACUGGCCAGUCGGUGUCCAAGUCCCUCAGCCAGUGGCUCCAGGAACCCUGCCACUCUCAGUCGUAUGCCGUCGCAGGAGGAUCUCCUAGAUGCUUCCAAAGCCGUAGCCCCGAUACAACCCGAUACCAUCGAGGUCUCAGGCAUGAUUUCCGGCGCUCCCAGUCCCAGUCCCAGUUUGAGUCGCCUUCAGAGUCCAAGGAUGAGCACUAGCCAUACUACAAGUCCUUGUUCCAGCUCACACCCAGCCACGAAUCCCAGCAGCCAGAGCAGUAGUCUCAGCAGUAACAGCAGCGUGCAGGGAGUGCAGAGCGUCAUCAAGCAGGGAAGCAAGGCCAUCAAGCUGACCGCGACGGUGAUCAAGAUCAUGCCCACCACAGCGGAACCGGAAAUUCCCAAGGAGAAGGAGCAGGGCAAGUUGCCAAAGACGCCACAAGCCAAGAAAGGACAGGCCAUGACUGGCCAAUCAAUAAUAGCGCCCCCAAAGUUCACUCCGAGGGUUCAGGUGAUCAGCCCCCUCAGUCAGUCGGUGAAUCAUGUGGUCAAUCAACUGACGGCUCAACUGAAAGAGGCGGCGACGAUGCCGUCGAAGGAUGGGGAUAAGUCAUCCAAGGUGGAUGCGAAGGCUCCUUCAAGGAAGCCUUCCAUUUAUCUGCUCAUGAAUCAGCCAAAAUACCAGUCCGCUGAGUCGGCAAACAAAGUGCAGUCCAAAGAUGGAUGGCUUAUCCAAGCAAUGGAGCAACCAAAGAAACCAUCUGCAAGUUUGCAUAGAGAUCAGCCAAGGGGUCAAGCAGGCAAACAGCAGACGAAUCAUUUUAGGAACGGUCCAAGCGCACAACAGGCCAGGCAUAGUUUGAGUAAAUAUAUGAAUGAACCAAGGAACUUGGAAAGAAAUCAAUCUCAAAGCCAGUCCACAAGUCCACAGUCGCCCAGAAGUUCUUUGUGGCCUCAGUCCGGUUUGUCCUCUCUAAGCCCGUCAACGAAUCCAUACAUUCAAAGGGCAGCCAAAACGAAGCGAGCACCUCCAGCCACAAUCAGCCAGUCCGUUUCGGUGAACAGGACCAGCCGGCCGGCCACAUCCAUUGCACGUCCGUAUGUGGCUCCUCCGCCUUCGCCUCCGGUGGCGCAACCGACGGAUGCCCCAACAACUGGCGGCAGGAUCGUGCGGAAGGAGCAGCACAAGGUGCCGCGCACCAUGGAGGAUGGCAUCGACACGAGCUACCAGUACUUCGUCUCCAUUCCCCUCAAGCGCGGCAAGAAGCCGCAGGUGGUGCGCUACCUGUACCGUCCGAUGGUGCGCCACCUCAACGCACCCACCACGACGUCGCCCUUGCGUCGCCGCUCCUUGCGGCGAUCGAAGAGGAAGCGACAGGAAGCUGGCGGAGAUCGGGAGCAGACAGCGGCAGAUGGGGAGGCGCCAGAGAUGGAUCCGGCUUUAGGGGCUCUGGGCGGAAUGCCUCUACCGCUGGAGGAUCCACCAGAUGCCAGGGAAACAUUAAUUCCAGACCCUCUGGCAGCGCUCAAUGCGCCGUACGAGGUGCCACCACUCCAGCUGGAGGCCCGCUUUAAGCCCAUGAUGGAGCGGCUGGCUGAGAUGCCGUAUCCCGAGGAUCAACCCCACCAUCAUCAUUGUCGUCGUCGUCGUCGUCGGUGCUCCAAUCGCCUAGCACACGCCGCCGGUGGCGACGAACAGUUGGCUCCACCAGAGCAAUGCCUCCUGGGCAUUGGAGGCGGCGGUGACGCCAUCAAUGAAAUGAAUGCAAUGCCCUCCCUGGGACAGGUGGCGUCCAUCUGGAAGCCCAGUUGCCGCUUGCCAGCGCUGGUCAACUAUCGACCGGAAGCCAAUCGCCUGAGCACGGCCACCGGAGCUCCGAUCUCCUAUCAUCCGCCGGUGCAGUUUAUGGAGGCCGGAGAGGAGGGCUUCAUGCUUCCCGGCGAGCCCAUGAUUCAGGCCAUCACCUACGAUGAUAUUGAGCUGCAGGAGCAGCAGGAGCAGCAGGAGCAGCAGGAGCAGCCGGAGCACCAACUGGAUCAGAUUGAUCAACUGCUGCUGGAUCUUUCUCCAGUAAAACGACAACAGAAACCCAAUGUCAUGGUGAAAUCAGUGAGCUUUCAUCCAGGCGAGGUGACAGUAAGUGAAGCCCCGACCAGGAGGAGCAGCUCCAUCAGCAUCGGCUCCACUUCGAGCAGCUGCUGCGACAGGAGCAAGUCCAAAGGACGGAAGAGCAAGGUCAAGUCCAAGGGAAAGGUCAAGGGUCGCAGGUGAAGAGAUCCGCAAAGGAAAAAGUGUGGCCCCAGAAUUUGAUUGAUUGAUCAUUGAUUUACGUAGCCCACUAGAUAUUUGGAAUUUUUUUUAAUUAUUGAAAAUUUAAAAGUAAAACAAAAUUUUGGUACAAUUCA